CCUUCGUCGGCUCCGGAGGCGGGCGCGGCGGCUGGAGGAGGGUGCGGGCCGGGGCUCCCCGGUGCCCGGGUUAAGCCGGGGCACGUGUGCAGCGCCAGAAGCGGCUCCCAGAAGCCACCCAGCACGCGCAGCCGUGGGAAGCGCAGCCCUCCGAGUCGGGUCCCGCUGGGCCAUGGAGUCCUUGCCUGAGCCCGCACCCCAGCCUGGGACCCGCAGGCUUCUGCUUCUGCUUCUUCCCCUGCUGCUGCAACUGUCCACCCCGGAGCUGGGCCCGAGCCAGGCCCAAGCCGAGGAGACCGACUGGGUUCGGCUGCCCAGCAAAUGCGAAGUGUGUAAAUAUGUCGCUGUGGAGCUGAAGUCAGCCUUUGAGGAAACUGGCAAGACCAAGGAGGUCAUUGACACAGGCUAUGGCAUUCUGGACCGAAAGGCCUCCGGCGUCAAAUACACCAAGUCCAUUUCAGAGCACCCAGACCAGAUGACCUAUCCUCCUUCCAGCUCUGACUUCCCAUUGGUGAGAUUCGCAGGUGUUGGGGUAGCAGGGCUGGAGGGACGGACGCUGACCUGCGGGGCUGGGAGGGGACUCAGCCCCUUGCGCUGCUGUCUCGGCAGGGACUUGCGGUUAAUCGAAGUCACUGAGACCAUUUGCAAACGGCUCCUGGACUACAGCCUACACAAGGAGCGGACUGGCAGCAACCGGUUUGCCAAGGGCAUGUCAGAGACUUUUGAGACGCUGCACAACCUGGUACACAAAGGAGUCAAGGUGGUGAUGGACAUCCCCUAUGAGCUGUGGAACGAGACCUCUGCAGAAGUGGCGGACCUCAAGAAGCAGUGCGACGUGCUGGUGGAAGAGUUUGAGGAGGUGAUCGAGGACUGGUACAGAAACCACCAGGAGGAGGACCUGACUCAGUUCCUCUGUGCCAACCACGUGUUGAAGGGCAAGGACACCAGUUGCCUGGCAGAGAAGUGGUCUGGCAAGAAGGGGGACACAGCCACCCUAGGAGGGAAGAAGUCCAAGAAGAAGAGCAGCAGGGCCAAAGCAUCCGGUGGCAGCAGCGGCAGCAAACAGAGGAAGGAGCUGGGUGGCCUCGAGGGAGACCCCAGCCCCGAGGAGGAUGAGGGCAUCCAGAAGGCAUCUCCCCUCACACACAGCCCCCCUGAUGAGCUUUGAGCCUCACCCAGCACCCCCUGAACCAGUACCCCUGGCACAGAAGUUGGAGAAUCUGGGGCAUGGCUCCAGCAGGCAAAGACAGAUCUCCCGGCCUUGGGUCCUCCCUGCCUCCUCUGUGUCCUCUUCGUGUCGGAGAAAGACACAACCCUGGGAACAACUCGGAUCGGCUGCAGUCUGCCCACACCGGCCUUUUCCCUCCAGCAAGCAUCUCUGUCUCAUCGAGGCUUCAGGCAGGCCCUGCGAUUUCAGGACCGCCAGGGACUCCAGAGUUAACUCAGGAGGGCCAGGUGUUGCUGGGCCCCAGGACUGGAGCCCUCCGGCGCGUGGGAGGAGGGCACGCCUGGCUUUAUUGCCCCUCACUCCUGCCCCCACAGGAAAGCAAGACUACAGGCCCCAGCUCCUCCUCUGCUCACCCUCCUAUGGACACCUUGUGCUCUGCCGGGUCCUCCCCAGGGCUCACAGAGUAAAAACCUUUUGGCCUUUUCUGUUCUGA